AUGCAGCUUAUGGUGGUUUUGUCAAGGGAGGGGGAAGAAAAGGAGAAAGAAUGGGGUCUAGUGGAGCUUCAAGGAGUACUAGAAACACAUCAAGGACAAUCUUUUGAUAAGCAAUUUAUUGGUGACUUGCACUUCACAGCUACUGGCGUCCCACAAUUGAUUGUAGGCCAUCAUCUACUGACUGGGAAAGUGGUCUCAUUAGACAAGCCAUUGGCAGUCAUGAAGAAGGUUAAGGGAGACGGGAGUACGAAGGAGUAUAACAUUAUUGCUGUUAUAAAGAGAAAGAUUAUAUUUAGAAAUAGACCAAAACCAAUUGUAGGACUCAAAAAGUAA